AAACGGAGGGACGCCGCGACGGAGCAGGACGGCGGAACGGGACACAGACGAUGCUGAAGCGAUGCAGUUGACACACCACGAGAUCUCACGUGGUAAAAAAACACGCGUCUCCAAGAUAAGAAGUCCCGACAUCAAGCGGUACUCGAGGUGGAUUCUGAAACGCCGACGUUUCAGAAUCCCGAGGAAUCGCGCAUAGUAACAACGAUUGGAGAAGGAAGAAGGAAAGGAAGAAACAAGGGUAUUAUCACGUGAUAAUUUAGGUGACACACGGUGGAAGGAACGUUGCCUCCGCGCUGAGAGAAACUUCUCGAGCGACGAGUUAAGGUGAGGAGAAUCCUCCUCUUCUAACUUUGCAAGCCACGAACCGUCGAAAUAUACGUAAUAAACGAUUGCGGCGUUAUCCACGGCCGAACGGUGCUCCGCAAUCCACCACCUGUGGCUUCUGAUAACUCCUCUGAUAAAGAGAGAAAGAGGAGCACCGUGACGCCGCCGCGAGGCCUUCGACUUUCAGCUCGAGAUUAACGCUAAGCUCUCAUUUUUAAAGAGUACUCUCUUUCCAUUAAUCCAGGUAGACAUACUCCGCGAGUUGCGAGGGAACAUUCCAACCGUAUUCGUAUAUUUGAGAGACGAUCGAUUUUCCGCUAAGAGAGGAGGAAGAUGUUAAGUCUCCUUUACGAUUUAGAGCACUUUUGAAGACUCCGAGCGAUCCGGUGAAAACGCCGAGAGAAGAUCUGUUCUAAACGGGAAUUGAAAGAGAAAUCUUUUCAAAAGCGAGAUUAAUUUGUUCUAAUUUAAAGAUCUGCCGGCGGAUCAACGCGGAACGGAAAUCACUGGAAAUCACCGAUCUCGGAUGAUUAAAGAGAUCAUUUCUUCGAAAACGCGAUAGAAAGCGCGUCGUAGAUCUCGGAAAGAUUCUGAAAUUUCCGAGGGAGAAGUUUAACGGAGGUGGGACCGGCCGUGACAUCCCUCUCUUUCUUUUUCGUCGUGAACCGUGGAAGGUAAUUCGCGAAAAACGGCGAACCACUACGGGGUGCACUACGCGAACUCGUACGCGUGCAGCAACGGCGCACCGAGCGUGUACACCAGCACCGGUUGUUGCACGAAUAUCAACGGUGGCGGAUCCAACGUGCAGCAGCCGCAGCCCCACGAGGAUUAUCGUCCGAUCUACUUUUACGUGGCGCAGCCCUAUACGAUCCCGUAUACCUUUGCCAAGAGACCGAAGCCCGCCGCGUCGUCGCUUCUAAGGGCGGCAAAGCCGCGCGGCAACAAUUGCCGCGUCAAGUUCUCCAAGCGGCUCGGGAACGCCGACUUCUCGCAGAAGGUCAAGCAGGGCGAGUUCUCGCGGAGUCUGAACCAGGUGCACUUCGCGGAGAGUCAGGGUCAAGUGCUCGCAAGCUAUCCGAAAGCUGGACCAUCAUCUCGUGACCCGAGGAUGACGUCGAUGUUCCGAAGAGGUACAAUCUUCGCGACCUUCUUCCUGUCAUUGUUGGGCGGUGGGCUCGUCUGCGCCGCCCUUGUAACGCAGCACUGGGUCGAGGCACGACCGUGGAGAACGCCGAAUCCUCAGGAGAGCGCCGGCAGAGUUCAUUUCGGAUUGUUGCAAGGCAAAAAGGAAUUGAACGUCGCUUAUGGAUGGAGGACAUACCACGUGUCCGUACCUCAAAUGAUUCGGCAGGAUCCAUCGGUGAUGUCUUGGGCCCUUUGGAUCGGUACUUUAACAACGACUUCGGCUGCUCUCAUAGCGGCUGCGCUUGCUGCUCUUUUAGCAGUUUUAAAUACAGCUACUUCACCAAGAUCGAAGAUUUUGUCCAUUCCCGGCGUGUACUUUAUAAAUAUGUUAACAAUGUUAAUGUGCUUAGCAAGCACUUGUACUUGGUUAGCGCAAUAUUAUACAAGAUUAUAUGUCAAUGUGCUUCCAAAGGAGGACAUCGAUAAUAUGUGGACCAGCGAGGGUUCCGCUGAGCUUGGUUAUUCAUUUUGGCUCGUGGUUAGCGCUGGCGUUGUGCACCUCAUUAGUAUAGCAUUAGUCGGCUGGGGCUCAGGUAGAGAAAAGGAUGAUCGUUUGGAACCAAUACCGGCACUUGAAGAGAAAACAGCCGCAGCGAUAAUGUUAUACUAAAUGUUAUAAUAGUGUUAAAAUCUAUUACGACCCUAAGUUAACAUGUGUAAUGUCAAAUUAAUAGUGUCUAUCAAGACUGAACGAAAAAUUAGCCGAGAUUAAAAGGUAAGUAAGUAAGGCGGUAAGAUUCUCGUUUACAGAUUUGUGCUUUGCACAGUUCCUAGAUAUCUGCCAGAUAUUUGUAAUCAUUUGUCUAAACACAAUUUAAUUUUUGUAACAGAUAUUGUGCAAUUUCAUCUCGAAUUAAAAGAUAAGUAGGUAUAACGUUAUAGGCGUAAAAUGCGCUGACAAAGGACAGUAUUUGCUGUGACAAAUUAAGAAUUGGAAUAUGACGAUGUACAUGUAUGACAUAUUUGUGUAUACAUCUCGUCGUAUUUUAUGCAUCAAUUAUGUUAGCUCAUAGUUUCGACGAUUAAUCGAUAAAUUUAAGAAGAAUAUACAACGCGAUCGAUUUAUAAUUAAAAAUUACGUGUUAUUCAUUUUACAUGGCAUAAAUAGACGAAAUUGAGCAUGGAAAAACGCUUUAUUAUAGCUUAAUCUAUACAUUAGUUUUUAUCAAUAUAUAAGGCCGCAAUCUAGACAAUUAUCGUUUCAAACUUCGGUUAACAAAUUUCUAUAGUUGAUAGUAUAAACAUUCGUAUACAGAUGCGUAUGUAAAUUGUGCUACGAAUUAAAAUGGUGUGCAUUCUGUUAUAUCAUUUUAAUAUUUCGUAGUUAAUAGUUAAAAUCCAUUUGUCUUACAUUCUUAUUUAGCAUUAUGUUCUUUUCUCUUUUUUUUUUUUUACAAAGGCGAUUGUUUUGACUAGACUGGGCUCUUGUGAGAACGAUAAUAUAUAUACAUAUACAUAUAUAUACAUAUAUAUUUAUAUAUAUUUAUAUAUAUGUUACUAUCUAUAAUUCAAUUAGUUAAGGAUGAUAUUUCGUAAGUAAGCGUGGCGUGCCUUUUCUUCGAGACAUUGAAUCUUUAACAAUUUCUCGAAACUGUUAUUUCCUUAUAAAAUGUACGUAUUUCACAUCAAUUCUGUGGCCGCGGCAAAUUGUACAUGGAACAUAUUAUGAAAUGUAAAUAUAAUAAGUUUGCUCGAGAGUAUAUUUAUUACAAUGAUGUCGCGGGCGUAAUAAUAAAACAGCGAACAGGUCAUAGAUCGUA